AGUUGAGCGACCGCUUUCACUACUGAAGGAUGUGUUUGUGGUUAUUAUAAAACAAACGGGUUAUCAAUAUCGAAACAGUAAUAAAUCAUCGAAGUUAUUUAUUGUGUCGUACACGUCGUUUAUAAUUUUAUUGUGAGAAAUAUUAAAAGUCUGUGAUAGUAAAAUGUAUUUCGGAGGAGUAGAAGGAGGCGCAACCCACUCCAACCUCGUAAUAUGUGACGAGACAGGCAAAGUGGUGGGCAGAGCCAAAGGUCCAGGCACCAAUCAUUGGACAUUAGGCAUAGAUGAAUGUGCCAACCGAAUCAUAGCGAUGCUGCACUCUGCUAAAGAUGAUGCAGGAAUCCCUAAAGACAAGCCUUUGAAUGCUUUGGGACUUACACUGUCAGGGUGCGAGCAGGAAAGCAGUAAUUCGGAACUAGCUGCCCGUGUGAAAGAAAAGGAUGGCGAUGCUGCGAAUGAUAUUUACGUGGGUUCGGACACCGCUGGUUCCUUGUUCACGGGAGCUCCUAAUGGAGGAAUGGUGCUUAUUGCUGGUACAGGAUCGAACGCUCUUUUGCGAACCCCUGAAGGUGAACAACAUGGAUGUGGUGGUUGGGGGUACCUUCUAGGAGAUGAAGGCGGUGCUUACUGGAUAGCCCACAAAGCCGUUAAGAUGGUCUUUGACGAUGUCGACGGCUUGCAACCUUCACCGUACCCAACUGAUAGAGUUUGGGAGGUUAUAAAGGAACAUUUUGAAGCUGACACCAGAGCUGAUCUUCUACCACACGCUUAUAAGCACUUCGACAAGUCUAUGUUUGCCGGAGUGACAUCAAAGCUAUCAUCGUUAGCCUACCAAGGCGACGAGCUGUCUCGCCACAUAUUUUCCUGCGCCGGCGCCGCACUAGCUUCCCACACGGCUGCGCUCUCGGUCCGAAGCGAUGCGCCACGACUGCGCGUUGUAUGCGUCGGUUCUGUGUGGAAAAGCUGGGAUAUACUCAAGCCUGGUUUCCUAAAACAGCUGAGGAAUAGAAAAGUGAAAACUGAAUUAGAAUUGGUGAGACUUCGGGUUUCAAGCGCCAUGGGAGCCGCUUGGCUGGCAGCUAAGCACGUUAACUACGAACUACCUAGAGAUGACUCCGCUUUCUGUUCAGUCUUCUACACUUACUACCCCGAAGAAAUACUUAACGGCAAUGGAGAUGCCGUGAACGGUGUUGCCGUAAACGGAGAUGCCGUAAACAAUGUUGCCGUAAACGGUAAAGCCGUAAAUGGAAAACUGAAUGGUAAUGGAAUAGCUAACGGUAAUGGGAGUAUUCAUACUGAAAAUUGGAGCUAAUGGUUGUUUUAUUUGUUGUUGAAAGUUGAACAGCUUGGUAAAGAUUUAUUGACUUUUUUCUCUAAUUUGACUACUAUUUUGAAAAGGUUCAAGAAACUUGCGUACUUUGAAAAGGCUGGCAACGCGCCUGUGACUCCUAUGAUGUUGCGGGUGUCCAUGGGCGGCGUUGAUCACUUAACAUCAGGUGAUCCUUCUGCUCGUAUACCUCCUAUACCAUAAUAAAAAAAGGUUUGGUAGGUUCUCGUUGUCGAUUCACCUCCAGGUUUAAUUCUUCGAAAAUCUAAUUAAAAAUAAUGUACGUAACUUGUACUUCAGUGCUUACUCCUACUAACUCCAUAACCUUUAUAAAUAUUCGAUGCAAAAAUUAAUCUGACUCAGUAGACCAAAGACAAGCUUGACAUUUGAUUACGAACCUAAUUACAUCACAAGAUUAAAGUUCAAAUGAGUUCAAGUAGAGACAUUUACAAAUGUAGGCAAUUUACACUCAAUCUUCUUGCAAUUUUAACCUCUACAGCUUUCAUGGUAGAGUUCAUUAUUCUAUUUACGCUAUAUUUUUACCAAGCUGUUAUUCAAAGUUGAACGCAAUUUUCACAAAAGUUAUGUUGUAGUGCCAAAAUGGAAAGAAAGAUGAUAAAAUUUUUUAU